AUGAAUAAUCAAUAUGAUCAUAUAACAAUCAAUGAUUCUGAUUCUUCUUCUAAUAUAGACUCAGAGUUUGAAAUAGACAACGCAAUGGAUAAUGAAUUUAGUGGAAUGACUAUAAUUGAACAUAAUAAGCAGGACAAUAUGAUAGACUAUAAAGAUAACACUAACGAACUGAUAGAGAAAGGUUUAUCUUUAGUAGGUUCUGCUUUAAGUGAGCUUCCGCCAAAUGAAUAUUUAGAAGCUAAUAAUGGCGAAGAUUCAUUCAUACAUGUAGAAAACAACAACAACGAUAACAACAAUUGCAAUAAGAAAAUUCCGAUAGAGUUAGACAAUUUAGAAUUUAACCCCCAUGUGGUACCGGAGAAUGAUGAUAUAGUAAAUGAGUUAUUUACUUCAUUAUUAAAGGAUAGAUCGAAUUUUUGGAGAUCCUCAUUGGUGUCCAAUGAUAUUUCAAAAAGAAGAAAAUGGGCAUUGAUUUGUAAAAUAAAAAAUGAAGAAAAGGAAGAUAACUUACAACAGAAAGCAGACAAACUUCAAUUAACCUCAGCAUUAACUGACUUUGCAGAUAUAUCAGUGACCUCAACAGAAGGUGAUACAUCCAGAGAAUUAGUAAAACCUAAUUUACUGAAUGGCAAACAACAAAAUGUGCAUAAUAUAAUGCUACAGUUAAGAAAUUUAAUAAAUAACAACUCAGAAAUAUCAAAGACUAUAUACAUUUUAGAAAAAAAACUCAGACAAACAAAUUUUUUGCUCACUUUCAUUAAUGAGGUAAAUAUAAACAUCCUUGCAGAAAUCGACUACAAGAUCACAUCAAAUCUACAGAAUGCAUACUUAAAUUGUUUCAAGAGUAUACUAAACCAUGAGAACGGAAGAUACUACAUAUUAAAAUCAAAAAAAAUUGUUCAAUAUUUUGUACAAUUACUAUCGGAUAAACAAUCUACUAUAAGAAUAAAACUAUUAGCCACGGAAUUAUUGCUACUUCUUACAUAUGUUGACACACAAUUAGGAUACGAAACAGUGCUGGAAUCACUGGAACCUAAUUUUUCAUCGUGGUUAGAUAACAUGAAGUCAUACCUAUUAGAUAAAGAUACAAUUGUAAAUGAGCAGAAGAUAAACCAUGCAUAUAUUUACUUUUUAAAUGCAACUACUCUUUUAGGAGAGUAUUCAACGGUUUCCCUGUUCUUACUUAAUUCUAUAAUGGAAGUACUGCCUAAUAUUGAAAGGAAAUAUAAGAUAAUAAACGGCUUAAAAGAAUUUGGGAUACAUCAAAUUUUUUAUCUUAUGAAGAUUUUAUGUACUGAUGAAGAACAAGAAAUAGAAAUCAUUUCAAAUUCAAAUACAUUCUCCAAAACUGUUCUGUCAGAACAAAUCAACCUAUAUUCAAAAAUUGAGCAAGAUGUAAUUAUGUCGAUUUCUCAUCAUAAACCAAUGUUUGUUGAUAUUUCAUUUGGAAAUGAACUACAACUUUUGGUAAGCCAAGUACAAAAAACUCCCUUAGAAAAACCCAUAGGUGAUUUAUUAACGACAUUGAUAAAAUUGAUUACAUCUAGAACGCAAUCUGAAUCCCUAAAAGUAAUGAAAACCUUUGAAUCAAUGCUAGCAUAUCUGAUCAAUAGUUUAUUUUCAAAUUCAAAUAUUCAUAUGUUAGAUAGAGAUGACGAUUUUGAUAUAUCACCUGAAUUAGUUGUACAAUCAUCGAUUAAUGAUUUAAUGGAUAGAUUACAUAGUGACGAAAUAGCGAAAAGGGCAAUGGAUGAAAUGACGGGCUUAGAACACAAUUUAAUAAAGCUCAAAUCAGAACUUGAGAGUUUAAAGGAGGAAAGACAUGCUGAUACGGGUGAACUCAUUAAAGAAUUACAAGAGACUAAUUUACAAAAUGAGAAACUACAUUUAGAAUUGAAAGGCAUGCAGAAAAUGCUACAACUAUCUGAAGAGAAACGAAAAGAAGACAAAAAUACAAUAGAAAAAUAUGCCACUCAUGAUAGAUAUAGAAGUUUGAACAACAGUAACGGCAGUUUGAAUUAUUCUAGCACUAAGUUUAAAAUGAUUAGAAACAUCAGUAAUUCAAAAUUGAAAACUUCUAAUAUAGGAAACGGUGAUUUCGUAAGAAAGUCGGUGAAUAAUUCAUUAUACAAAAGUAAGAGAAUCUCCUCUUUGUCUUCAUAUUUGAAGCAAGAUAAAGGUAAUGAUCUGGCUUUUCUUGGGAGCAACAAUGAUGCUCGUCAUGACCAAAGUUUGAGCAAAAGCAAUAAUGGUAACUUCAAACAAGAUAUGGAAUUUUCACAAACAUCCCAAGAGUCACAUUUAAAUCGAGUUUCAUUAGACAAGAAUAUUUUUAACAAUUUGAAAAUGAGAAGUACUGAUUCCUUUUUUAUAAGUUCUAAUCACAAUAAUAUUAACGAAAUCUCACAGUUAGAUCAAAAAGAAUAUUUAGACGUUUCAGAUUUACAUUCGCAAGCUGUAUACAACCCCUCUCAAGGGGCGCUGCUAAAAAACAGUUUUAAGUUAACUAAUGACUCUGUCAACUCCUUUAUUUCCAUUGAAUCUUCUGAUAUAUCUGAAAAUGAAGGAUUCCACCCCAUGAGAGAUAGUAAAAAUAGUCUGCUUCAAGUAAAUCACAAACAUAAAAAUCUUAAUAAUUACAUUCCUAUCGAUGGCAGGCCCAACGAUGCAUCAUUUAGAACCACUACGAAUCAUUCACAAUCUCAUCAAAUUUAUUUACCAAAAUUCCCAGUUGGCUAUGAAGUUAAUGAGGAAAACGUUAAUGCCUUUACUCAAAUACCUUCUGCCGAUCACGUUUUCAAAAAUUCAGUUGCAAUCACAACCGCAACUACAACUGGACAUGGGUUUCACUAUAUGGCAGAUACUAAUAUGGAAGAUAGCGUUGUCCAACGAUAUGUUUCACUUCAGCAAAGUAACCCAAGUGUAUCACAGACACAACCCUUAAUGGUACAACAGCCACCAUCGCCGCCGCCGCUUCCAAGUUCUCUCGAAAUCUUGAAGAAUAAUGUACAAAAUCUUCAGGAAAACAGUUCAGAUAAGAUUGAAAUUUCAAAAUACAAUUCGAUAGCUUCUCUUACUUCUUCUCCUCCCCCUCCCCCUCCGCUUCCUCCGUCUCUAACAAUUAUAACUGAACCAACCUCAACUCUAAAGUCUGAAUCUUUAGAAGCAAAGACGUCUCCACUUCCGCCUCCGCCUCCACCACUUCCACCUUCUUUAAAAUUUGAUUCAGAAGAACCAAAGAUAUUACCGUUAGCACCUCCACCUCCUCCUCCUCCACCACCACUACUGAAGAAUCUAAGUCAAGAUAUGAAUAUGGAAAAAGGAGAAUCGAAAAAUACUGCUGAGAAUAUCAAGCCUGAGGAUGACAAUAUACCAGCCGUGCCACCAUUCUUGACUCAUUUAAAUAUUCAAAAAGAAGAUAAAAAACUAAAACAGAUACACUGGAUCAGAGUAAAUGAAGUGGCUGAGACUAUUUGGAAAGAUAACGAUAGAGAUCGUGGCAUUUUUAUGGAAUUAGAAUGUGUCGGUGUCUUUGAUAGAGUUAAAAGUUCAUUUAAGCUAAAGGAUGUCAUUAAGAAAAAGAACACCGAUGAGGCAAAGACAAAGGAUAAACAGCAACUGAAAUCUUUUCUUUCUCGAGAUUUGGCUCAACAGUUUGGAAUAAAUCUUCAUUUAUUUGCUUCUUGUGAAGUUAGUGAACUGUUAGAAAAAGUUUUAAGAUGUGAUAAUGAUAUUAAUAAGAAUAUCACCAUUUUAGAAUUUUUUAACAAAGAAGAGUUUACACAUAUAUCUGGAAGUGUUGCACGUAAUUAUGCUCCUUACGGUGUAGAUUACCAAACCAACAAUGAAGCAACCAAAGAUGCAUCAGAAUUAGAAAGAGCAGAUAGAAUUUUCCUUGAAUUAUUUUACAAUUUACGAGCAUAUUGGGCAGAAAGAUCUCAAUGUUUAUUACUCUUGCAUACCUACGAAAAAGAUUAUUUUGAUUUAAUGUUUAAAUUGCAAAGGAUUGAUGAUGCGGUUCAAAAAUUGAUGAAUUCAACUAGAUUCAAAAAAUUUUUGUACAUAGUUUUAGAAAUUGGUAACUUCAUGAACAAAAAACCAGCAGAAGGGAUUUUGAUCAGCUCUUUAACUAAACUAGUUUUCAUCAAGUCAUCUGAAAAUAAUAACUUAUCUUUUCUACAUUUUAUUGAGAAAACCAUUCGAACACAAUUUCCAGAAGUGUAUGGGUUUAUUGACGAUUUAUCAAAAGUGGCAGAGUUAGGAAAUGUUUCCCUUGACCACAUUACAAUGGAAUGUAAAGAAUUUUGCACUCAUGUGAAUACAACAGUGUAUGCAGUCACAAAAGGAAAGUUGUCACACCCGGAAGACUUGCACCCUAGAGAUCAAAUACUAAAGAAAGUUAAAUAUAAAAUUAGCAAAGCAAAAACCAAGAGUAACUUUCUGAGGGACCAACAAAUUCUGACAAACCAUUCAAUUGUAAAAGUUUUAAAAUAUUAUGGUGAAGACCCAAAUGAUAGAGAUUCUAAAGACGACUUUUUCAAAAAUAUUGCUGAAUUUGCAACUCUAUUCAAAAAAUGUGCAAAAGAGAAUAUUUAUAAUGAAGAAGCUGAAAGAUUAUACGAACAAAGAAAAUAUAUGCUAGAUAAUAAACUGCAAAAGAAUAACUCGAGCGGUGAUGAUUCUGAUCUAGAGAAGAAUACAGAGAAUGAUGACGCUGUAGACAAAUUAUUAUUGAAACUUCGUGGUGUUGAAAACAAACCAGAGCCUUUAAGGAGACGGAGAAGUACUAAACUUCUCAGUAAUGUAAUUGAAGAGAAUUUGGAAGAUACCAUUGAAAUCAGUUUAGAAAAUAAUAAGGAAGAAAAAUUAUUGAAGAGAACACACGCAUUAAUCAACGACACACAAAAAUUUAACCAAGGUUCUUUGUAA